UUUCCACCGGGACCAGAAUCGGCCUUUGUCGGUAGAUCGCUCACUUCCAGGGUGUUAUGGAGCCAGCGUCAUAGCGCGAAACUAGCACCAGCCAACAGGGGAGGGAAAGCGGAAGUGGCGCGUCCCCCAGAUCCUCAGGAGCCCUACCUCCAUGACCUCACAAAGGGCCCAUUUCCAAAUAACGUCAAAUUGAGGAUUAGUGUUGCAACAUACAGAUUUGUGGCGCACAAUAGUAAGUCUCUUAAUAUAGAUGCUGGCUUCCUAGAACGAGGCAGCUUCUGUAAAUGAAAAAAGGUAGAUCUCAAGUCCAGAAAUUACUCCCUGCAGAGGCUACCCUUGAGGAGACACCAGUAUCUGGAUUUCAGGGAAGAUACUGAAAGUGGUGGCCACUUCCUGAAAGCUGUUGAAAUGACUAAGUCCCAGGGCAUAUUGUCGUUCAGUGAUGUGGCUGUAUAUUUCACCUGGGAAGAGUGGCAGCUACUAGACACUGCUCAGAAGAAUCUCUACCGGGAUGUGAUGUUAGAAAAUCAUAGCAACCUAAUGUCAUUGGGUUAUCAAGCUACCAAACCAGAAGCAAUGUUCUACUUGGAAAAAGGAGAAGAACGAGGAACAGUAGGGAGAGAAUUUCCAAGUCAUUUUAAUCCAGAAGUAAUGUGGCAAGUUGAUGAUUGGUAUCAGGAAGACACCGAGAAGGAUGAACCUGUGGAGAAAGAUCAUGACAAUUAUGCAUUGGGCAAAAUACUUUCUCUUAGCCAAAACUUUGUUCCAUUUAAAGAAAAAUCCUAUAAAUGUAUCUCAAGAGAAAUAACUUUGGAACAAAAUUCAGAUUCAAAUUUUCAGAUUAAAAACCAUGCAGACAUGAACUCUGAUAAGUUAAAUGGUUCUGGGAAAUCAUUUUUCCAUACGCUACGUGAAACCUCUCACAUUCAUCCCCAGCACUAUGAACCAAAUUUACAUGUGAAGGUUUUCAGUCUGGUGACAAAUCCUAAAAGACAUCGCAGAAUUCACACAGAGCGGAAACAUUAUGAAUGCAGCGAAUGUCCAAAGUCUUUCAGGUAUAAGUCAAAGCUCAUAAUACACCAGAGAACUCACACGGGAGAGAAACCCUACGAAUGCAAGGAAUGUGGAAAAGCUUACAGCGAGAAGACUAAGCUCAGGUUACAUUGCAGAACACACACAGGAGAGAAACCUUUUGAGUGUAGUGAUUGUGGGAAAGGUUUUAUGCAGAAGUCAAACCUGAUUAUCCAUCAACGAACUCAUACAGGAGAUAAGCCCUAUGAGUGUAAAGAAUGUGGAAAGGCAUUCUGUAGUAAGUCUCAGCUUGUUGUUCACCAAAGAAUUCAUACAGAAAAAUCCUAUGAAUGCAGGAAAUGUGGAAAAGCCUUCACUAAAAACUCACACCUCCUGACACAUCAGAGAACGCACACAGGAGAGAAACGUUACGCAUGCUGUGAAUGUGGAAAAGCUUUUGUAUAUGCAUCACAGCUCAUUGUACAUGAGAGAAAUCAUACCGGAAGAAAACCUUACGAAUGUAAGGAAUGUGGGAAAUCUUUUAACAAAAAGUCACACCUCAUAAGACAUCAGAGAAUCCAUACAGGAGAGAAGCCAUAUGAAUGCAGUGAAUGUGGAAAAGCUUUUAUAGACAACUCACAUCUUAUUGUUCAUCGAAGAACUCAUACAGGUGAGAAGCCUUAUGAAUGCAGGGAAUGCGGGAAAGCCUUUAAUAAAAAGUCAUCGCUCAUAACACAUCACAGAAUUCAUACAGGAGAUAAACCUUAUGAAUGCACUGAAUGUAAAAAAGCCUUUAUAGACAGGUCACAUCUCAUUGUCCAUCAGAGAACUCAUACGGGAGAGAAACCCUAUGAAUGCAGUGAAUGUGGGAAAGCUUUUAUAGACAACUCACAGCUUAUUGUUCAUCAAAGAAUUCAUACAGGAGAGAAGCCUUUUGCGUGCAGGGAAUGUAGAAAAGCCUUUAGUUAUAAGUCAUCCUUCAUAGCACAUCAGAGAAUUCAUACAGGAGAAAGGCCUUAUGAAUGCACUGAAUGUAGAAAAGCUUUUAUAUACAAGUCACAUCUCAUUGUCCAUCAGAGAACUCAUACAGGAGAGAAACCCUAUGAAUGCAGUGAAUGUGGAAAAGCUUUUGUACGAAAGUCAGUGCUCAUUGUACAUCAGAGAACACAUACAAGGGAGAAACCCUUUGUCUGCCUUGAGUGUCGAAAAGCCUUUACCAGUAUGGCAAUGCUCAGUACACAUCAGCUGAUUCAUACAGGAGAGAGGCCCCAUGGAUGCAGUGAAUGUGGAAAAGCUUUCCGCCAAAAAAGCCAUCUUAUUAUCCAUCAACGAUGCCAUAGUGGUGAGAAAUACUAUGGAGGCAUUCCAUCUAGUGAGACCUUCAGCUAGAAGUUACAGCUCAUUAGGCAUCAGAGAUGUCACACAGGAGAAAAACCAUAUCAGUAUACUCAGUGUGAGAAAGCCCUUUUUUGUGAAAUCAUACAGCAGUGUCCAUCAGAGAGGUCAUGCAGGACAAAAACCUUAUCUAUGUAAUGAGUGUGGGAAUACUUUGUCAAUUUUGUUCUCACUUCACAUGAAAUUCAUACAGAAAAAAAAAAUCUGUGAAACACAUUAAGGGCUGGAAGAUGUUAGUGAGAUGUCAAAUCUCACUGAAUAUAAAAAAAUCACAGACACACACACACUACGAAUAUGGUGAAGGAAUAUUUUUCUAUUACUUUUGACCUCUGCAAGUUUCAGAAAACUUAAUCAGGAGAGAAAUCUUUUAAAUGCAGUGAAUAUAGGAAAAUUAUUUGCCACCAACUUAGCCUCAUAUUUCAUUGGAGAAAGGCAAUAUGUAUGCAUGAGUUGAAAAGUCAAAAUCUUUUUUUUUUUUUGUUAAUCCUCACCUGAGAAAAUUUUUCCAUUGAUUUUUAGGGAGAGUGG